GACCAGCCUGAGUUUAUUACGUUCUGCGCGGCGUAAAAUCGCUUCUUCUCCAGGGCUCAAGCCACUUGGGAGUUCCCUUUUUUCUCAAGACUUCCUUUUUUCCGGUCCGGAGCAACUCGGGCACUCAAACGAGAAAAGAGGAAAUGUCUGACGGCGGAGCAGAAGGCGACGAGGAGCGUGUCUUCGUGGAACGUGAAUUGACAGCCACGGAGCUUUACAUGCCGAAAACGAAGUACGAGUACCUGGACCAUACGGCUGACGUUCAACUGCACGCGUGGGGUGAUACCCUGAAAGAGAGCUUCGAGCAGGUCGCGGUGGCCAUGUUCGGCUACAUGACUGAAAUCGACAAGGUUGAGAAAAGGGGUUACAUGGACCUAGAGGUGUCUGGCUCGGACAACUUGAAUCUUCUUUACAACUAUCUGGACGAGUUCUUGUAUUCCUUCUCUGUGGAGCCAAACUUUAUAGCCAGCAAAGUAGAAAUUCUUGAUUUCAACAAGGAGACUUUCAGCAUCAAAUGCCGCGCGUUCGGGGAAACGUUCGAUCUGGCGAAGCAUCCGCAAGGGACAGAAGUCAAGGCUAUAACUUACUCGAACAUGCAGGUUUGGGACGAUCCGGACCACCACGAAGUGUAUGUCAUAAUCGACAUCUAGCCUUAGAACCAUGUGCUCGAUGUUGGAAACGAUGCCCGAUCAUCGUGUAUCGUUGGCUGUUUCUUUAUCUCAUGAUCGAACCGCGGGAAAAAACAUUGAUUCCCCGUUGGGUUACAUGGUGGCGCAAGACGUCGUGCUGUCGGUCGACAAGACGAUGUUUCUGGUCAAGUCGGUCUCCGAGCGACUAUAAUCCCGGAAUGGAGAGGCUCCUAGCAGCUAAAAGGGAGCAUAUGAAGGAUGAUGGAACUGUUACU